GAGCGCAAUAAGCGAAGUUUGAACAUUUGCGCUUGCCGUCGUCGCCCCCAAGACGUCACGUUGUAUUGUCUAUUUUCCAGAAAUGCUACAAUAGCAUCCUAAUUCAUACAUUUCGCACACUGAAUUUAAUCGUAUUUACUACAGAAUUAAAAGAGCAACUUCGCAAACGUAUUUCUGUUCGCUAGGAGACAUUUAAAAGCCAGUUCUGGUCGCGUUUGUAACGUCUUGAAGGCGAUAAAUAAUCCUGUAGGAAACACACUGGCUAAUAAGCUGCAGCUUUUUCUCCAAAAUGAUGAACUAUUCUGACUACGACUCUGAUGGAUACUCGUCUAAUGAAGAUGCAGACUACGUCCCAUCAGAUGAUAACCUCAGUGAGGACGACAUUAAUGAGUGCGAGAAGGAAGACCCUCUGCACGAAGGUGACAGUGUGCCACAUCCUGAUGAUGUCAGCAAGAGGAAGAAGAAGAAGAAGAAACAGGACAUCAGUAUGAGAAACAGGAAGAAAGGAGUGCUGAAAGUAGACGGCGAAGAUAAGGACGGAGGUGGAGCAGAAGAGGCUCCGCUGCCACAGGAAGAGGUGAGAAAAGUCCCAGAGGUACAGGAGGAGGUCGAGGCAAGACAGAAGAAAAAAUCAGAUGACCUCUGGGCGAGUUUCCUGUCUGACGUUGGAACCAGACCCAAAGACGCCGCACCCGUCUCCCAGUCGAGCAGCACACGGGAGGAUGAUUCUUCAGUAUUGAAGGUUGCUCCUUUGAGUACAGAAACAAAAGCAUCAGAAGCUGCUAAAGUCACCAUCACUAAAGUGUUUGACUUCGCUGGAGAGGAAGUUAGGGUGAAUAAGGUGGUAUCAGCAGACUCCAGAGAAGCUAAGAGUUUUCUAAAGAGCCUGAACACCAAAGAGGAGGAAAAUGGAGACAAGAAGGAGGCCUCAUCACCCAGCGAACCACCUGGACCCAGUGCCAAGAGGCCAGCAGGCAUGUCGAGUAUCCUGAGUCGUUUCGGGGGAAAGAAACAGAAGAUGAGCACGCUGGAAAAGUCUAAGAUGGACUGGGACGCUUUUAAAUCAGAGGAGGGCAUCACUGAGGAGCUGGCCAUCCACAACAGAGGCAGAGAGGGGUUUGUGGAGCGGAAGAACUUCUUGGAGCGCGUGGACCAUCGCCAGUUUGAGAUAGAAAAAGCAGUGCGACAGAGCAACGUGAAACACUGACACAGACUGACAGCACACACACACACACACACACACACACACACACACACACACACACACACGCACACACACACACACACACACACACACUCACACACACACACACACACACACACACACACAGGGUGGAACAGAUGUUUAGACUUCCUAUAUCUUGCUUUCUCCCUCUCUCUUUAAUGACAGAGUUGCUAUUCCCCCAUACAGUAAAGCGAGCUCAAUCUGGAGCCGUGGCUCCAGUCUAUUUCAGGACGGGGUUAUUAAUAGGCCGAGAUGGUGGAACGAUGGGCUGUUGAGUGUUGCUGCACUUCCAUCCUUGUGAGAACCAAUUAGGGUUUCAAAACUUCACACUGAGGUCAUUUUUUGGGAAGUGAGGCCAUUUCUGCCUGUCCUACUGCCUAUGACAUGGCUAAUUCAGAACUAGGACUAAGGAGUUUUAGGGUUAAAGGACAUUCAGGUUCACACAACUUUUUUCUGUUUUGUUUUGUAUGCAGAUGAUACGUGAACAUAAUGCAGAAAUAACUUCCAAGUUCUUCAACACAGAAGCUAAACCAGAACUUUUUUGCGAAUGCUGUUAAAUUACUUUACGUGACCAUAGCAACUGUCGCUAUGCAGAGGAUUCCGGUCCAGAGUUCUAGAACAUUCUGAACACUUUGUUGCUGGAAACAACAACCGAGCAAAACACAACAGCUGCUGAACUCAUGCCAAAUUGAUCCAAAAAUCUAAACGUUCCAUUGGCUUAAUUUAUCUGAUGACUUCUUCAAAGCUCAGCUUCUAACUUCAUCCCACCACCUUCAUCUAGUGUUGUCAUCCAGGAACAUUUCAUGUCCAUUAGAGUUUUGGUAAUAGAUCAACCAAUAGUCACCCUAGUAUUACCUUACCUUAUUACCUUAUUAUUAUGGGGGGGGGGUCAAUUAGCUGGCAGAAAUGCAUUCAAACAGCCCAGAUCUGCUGACAGUGGCCGUCUUUUAAAUAAAGUUAGCUGAAGGAUACACAUAUGCCUAUGUCUGGUUUUCAAAAUAAGGGCAUAACGAGUUAAUACAAAAUACAUGUAUGGAAAAAUUACUAAAUGGAACUGCAUAUAAAACGUGUUUCCUGUCCCUUAUAAAUGAAAAAGGAAAUACCAUUAAAAAUAUUUGGUGUCAAUGACUGAAACAUUUGAGUUAAAUUGCCUUUAUCUGUAUAACUGUAAUCUAUAAAAUCACAUUGGUCUAUAAUUCCUGACAUUGACUGAUAUAUUUCAGUUCAGGACAUCUCUGACUACAUACCAUACAUGCUGAAAAUAA